AGUGUCGCUUGCUCUCUCCUCGCUCUGCAUUUAACAACCAAGCGACCUUCCUUCCUGUACCGAAUCCACCCGAAACACAAAUUCUGACACCAUGGCCGACAGAAGUCACACUCAGAGAAGAAAGGACAGACAAGAGAAAGAAGCUAAAGAAAAGACCAAAGAUGGAACGAAAGUGAAGAAUGAAGGAGAACACGCUCAGGACAAUGGAGAGGUGCCAUCGUCUGCCAAUAAUGCAACCGCCGAUGCCCAAGAUGAAGAUCUCCAGCUUGAGCCGAUGGAACUUCCUCCAUUUGAGAUAGCCGCAGGGGAUCGGAUCGAUCCUUUUGCAUUCAAGUUCCAGUUCAAGAAUGUGGAAUACUCGUCGGGCCGCAAUAAGACGUACUUGUGUUACCUAGUGGAUAAAGGGAACACCGAUGACGGACUGCUGAGAGGCUGUCUGGAGGAUGAGCACACCGGACCUCAUGCCGAGGAGGCCUUCUUCACACAGUGCCUGUCGGACUACAGCCCUUCGCUGAAAUACACAAUCACCUGGUAUGUGUCAUCUAGUCCCUGUUCCGCUUGUGCUGCAAAGAUAUCCGACGAGUUGAACGCCAAGAAAAACAUCAAAAUGAGUAUCUUUGCUGCUCGGCUGUUUGAGUGGGAAGAAGCAGAAAUCCAGGCCGGGCUGAAGGCUUUGCAGAAAGCCGGAUGUAAGCUGAGGAUGAUGAAGCCUCUGGACUUCUCCUACACCUGGGAUACAUUUGUGGAGAAUGAGGACCAACCUCUUAACCUGUGGGAAGACUGCAAGGACAACUAUGAGUAUUAUCACGAGAAGCUGGCUGAUAUUCUUCAGUGACAGAAGCGGUAGUACGGUAUAUGAAAGACCCUUUUGUGUACUAAUGUGAAUCGUGACGACAUGUACUACAUAUCAUUUUAUACAAAUCACACACAAAAAUAGCAAAACACAAUAAACUUAUUUUUUUUCCCAACCA